UAUUCCGCUCCUCCACAGAUAUGGGAACUUGGUUUCGCUGGAGGAGAACUCAAAAAGUGUGGUGGAGCGAUUAAACUUGGCUUCAUAGCAAGGAGAGGGUUCUUUUUUUAAAUUUCAUUUCCCCCUUCAUUUUACAGACGGCUCGUAAAGCACAGCGGACUCUUUUAGCGGAAUGCGCUGCGGAAAGGUAAACCUGUUGCCCGCCUGCUUCGCAGUGUAGCCAACUAUCCAAGAUGUUGCUUUGUGGAUGGGAUGGCGUCUGGUGCCGUUUGGGUGCGCACUCAUAGUCUCGACGAAACAUUCCCCUCUUAGUUCAUUUUCCAACUCGUCUAACCUGGGAAGAUGCAUGUGUCUCUGGCAGAAGCCUUGCAGGUUCGAGGAGGCCCACUCCAGGAGGAGGAGGUGUGGGCCUUGCUCAGUCAGAGCGCAGAGAGCCUCCAGGAUCUUUUCCAGAAAGACCCUGCAGCCAUGGGCUUCAUCAUCUCGCCCUGGUCUCUGCUGCUCAUGCCCUCUGGCAAUAUUUCAUUUGCAGACGAGUAUGUCACCCAACAAGACUUAAAAGCUUUCACGGCCCCAGAAGUGCUGGAAGGGAACUCUCUAACUUCAGUUUCUGACAUUGAGAAGAUGCACAUGUAUUCUUUGGGGAUGACUUUAUUCUGGGGUGCAGACUAUGAGAUUCCUCAGAGUCAGCCUAUGAAGCUGGGGGAGCACUUGAACAGUUUGCUCCUCAACAUGUGCGAUGAUGUUACAGUGAGUCGAAUGUCGCUGCGCACGGUGCUGGACAUCUGCAGCAAACACAUCAGAAACUCCAGCUGUGACCCUCCCUUCUCCUACGUCAGAAAACUGGUCCGGUUAGUGCUUGGCAGCCUCUCUCAGCUGGAUGGUCUGGUGACAGAUAGAGAGUCCCUUCCAGAGCGAAGUAAAGAGAUUCGAGAAAGAUUAAGGGGCAAAGGUUUGCUAUCUGGGAGGAGUGCCGCCCCCAGGGUUCUUGGGCGCUACAGAGCCAAAAUUCAGGAACAAACGUCUCUUAACAAGGGCCUCAGUCGUUCCAUGGGCGCACUGCCAAUCCAGGACUUGUUGAAGGGGGGUGAGGGUGCAGUCCCCCUGUCCUUGUCUGAUCACCACACAAACUCUGAAUCUUCCACUGAUAUCUACCCUAGAACACCCUCGCUGCAGAACGAGCUUUCCUAUCCCUAUAUGCAUCCUCUUUACCUCCAGAUGAAGGGCCAGCCUGUGGAAUUGGACCGUAGGUCUUUACCCUUUGUAAGUGGGGAUCGGGGGCCAAGUCAGUCCAGAAAAACCUGGGCUUCCUCUGUGGAUUUGGCUCGCAUGGAUCCAGAAGCUCUUCGUUUUGGGGCUUUGGAGGAUGCUCGUAGAGGCAGUAGUGCCUUAAGUACGCGCUCUGUAGGCAGACGCAAAGUGCCAUUGUCAACACCCAAGGAGUUGGAUUAUGGGUACUCUGAGUUUGGUGUGCUGCAUAAUAGAAGAUCUCAUAACUUCUCAGCCCUGUCUAUUGGCUCUGGACUUCCCGAUGCUUUUGACAGGAUGAAAGAAAAACAGAGAAAACUUGAGGCACUGCAACAAGCUGUUGAUGACCCUCUCCACAGGUACCAGAGUGAUUACAGCUCAUCCAGUGAAAGCCCCUCAGUGACCUCUGAUCCAGAUUACAGACAAGCUAAGAGACCUGGUGAGGUCAAGAGGUUUGGCUCUCAGCUGGCACUUUCAUCAGAACAUGACGCCCUGUCGUUGGCGGGUCACAACAUAAACAGGCACAGGCAAAAUGAGGGGUCAGCAGAUGAAGGUCUGGUUGGAGCAGAGUUGCUCCUCCAGAGACAAGAGGAGGUGGAACGGCUCCAGACACACCUGGCCAAAAGGCUGUCCAGGGCCAACUUUUACCCCGCAGACGAGCCCCUGAUCGACCCCCAAGACCCGCUUUACACUUCUGCUAUAUCGCUUCGCAAAAACAAGAACUUUCUUGGACCAGAGUUUGUGAAAAUGGCCAGUGAGCCUUGCGUGCCCUUAACUGUGCCCUCUUCAAUAAUGAAACGUGGUAAGGGAGAAGAAGUGAGGAGGAAGGUGGGUGUGGUGCUGCUAAAUGGUCAGAAACUGGAGCUGAGCUGUGACAUCAAGGCAAUUUGUAAAGAUGUUUUUGAUAUGGUGGUGGCUCACAUCGGGCUUGUGGAGCACCAUCUCUUCAGCCUUGCUUAUCUCAAAGAAAAUGAGUUUUUCUUCGUUGAUUCUGAUGCCAAACUCAUUAAAGUGGCUCCAGAUGGAUGGAAAGAGGAUCCUAGGAAAAGACGAUCCGACGUGCCAUUUACCCUUUUCUUGCGCAUCAAAUUCUUCCUCGAUGACGUCAACCUCAUACAACAUUCUAUGACUAAACAUCAGUACUACCUGCAGCUGAGGAAGGAUAUUUUGGAAGAAAGGAUGCGCUGCAGCACAGAAAAUGCAUUACUGCUGGCUUCACUGGCAUUGCAAGCUGAAUUUGAUGACUACCAACCCGAGCUUCACGGGAAGACCUAUUUUCGACUGGAGCACUACAUGCCCGUGUCUGCCUUGGAUAAGGUGGACCACACAACCCUGAGGGAAGAACUGCCAAAACUUCACAGCAACUACUACGGAGCAUCAGACACUGAAGCAGAGUUUGAGUUCCUUAAGGUGAGCCAGAGGCUGACAGAGUACGGAGUCCAUUUCCAUCGAGUGCUUCCAGAGAAGAGAUCUCAGACAGGCAUCAUGCUGGGGGUCUACUCUAAAGGAGUGCUCAUUUUUGAAGUCAGUAAUGGAAAUCGUACCCCAGUGCUAAAGUUCCCCUGGAGAGAAACCAAGAAGAUCUCCUUUGCAAAAAAGAAAAUCUGCCUUCAGAACACAUCGGAUGAGAUUAAACACCUAUUUCAGACAGACAGCAACAGGACGUGUCAGUAUCUGCUGCAGAUGUGUACAGAUCAACACAAGUUCCACCUGCAGACGAAAGCACGCCAAAACAAUCAGGAGCUGCAAGAUCUGGAGAACAACCCUUUGAGCAAUUUGCAGUAUUCUUUUGAUCCGGCUGCGAGGACGGUGACGGCAGGCAACCUGAUCCCCAGCUUAUCAACGCGCUCCAACCCGGACCACCUAAAGAGGAUCUCGUACUCCGAGGCGUCCUUGAACAAUGCCCUGUCAGGCUCGGUGUUAGUCCACGAUGCGCUUCACCUUCCAGGCUUCAACCCACCCGUCUCCACGGCCCUUUCCAAGCCACGACUGAUGAGUCGUUCCCACCACAACCUGGCGCGGCUGUCAGAGUCUGCAGAGCACCGAACGGACGAGUCAAACGGCAGGGUGGUCCGACCACCGUCCAACCAAGUGGCCUCCCAUUUCCAGCAGCAUCAGCGAGCCAGCUCAGACACAGACUCUCUUGCACCCCAACAAGACAAAUGUCAGUAUGCACAAUUCCUCAGGACUGCCUUCAACCCCGGCCUCUUUAAAUGAUUCUCUGAAGAAAAGGCUCAACGAGCUGCCGUCUCCAGAGAGAGAAAUCACAACUGUAAACCUGAAGAAAGAUGUGAAAUAUGGACUUGGAUUUCAGGUCGUUGGAGGGGAAAACUCAGGCCGUGCGGACCUCGGUACUAUCGUUAGCUCCAUCACUCCUGGGGGUCCAGCUGAUCUUGAUGGCUGCCUUAAACCUGGUGACCGGCUGAUAUCUGUGAAUGAUUUUAACGUGGAAGGACUUUCUCAUGCUGUUACGGUUGAUAUUCUUCAAAAUGUCCCUGAUGAUGUUACUCUGGUAGUGUCACAACCCAAAGAGAGCCUUUAUAAAGAUUCACCUCCAGAAUAUACUCCUCGUCAGCCCACGUCUUCAUUUAGGACACCUAACUCCGCUCACAGACAAGAACUGAAUGUUGACUCAUCAUCUGAGGAAAAUCAAGAAGCUGGAAGCCCCAGCCCUCCAAUCCUCAGAGCUGCCAUGCCAUCAUCUUCCUCUUCUCCAAGCCGCCAUAACACCAACCUCAUUUCUCAGGACUCUAAGCCAGGCAGUGCUGCUAAAACCAGCACGUCUCCUAUUGACAGAAUUCAGAAAUGCUUGGAAAGAGCCGCAGCUCCUUCCACAGCCGAAACCACCACUCAGAAUCGUGGAACUGAACCCAAAGUGGGUUUGAAUCCCACGCCGCCAGCUCUGCCACCUAAAGUCAGAAAAAUUAAGCUUUCAGAAAUUCCCAAAUUUUCUGAGCUUUCUGACCGAGGAGACACAGACAUGGAUGAAGAGACUAAUUCUAGUUAUCAAGAGAAACUGAAGGUCAAAAAGGACAACAUCACGGACAAUAUAAAUGGUAAUGACCCAGGGGUCAAUGGUCUCCAUCCUGGAGAACUAUUUGACGUUGAGCUGUCCAAAACAGACAGCGGUCUGGGCAUAAAAGUCACGGUACUGUCCGACAAGGGGGGAGCCAACACAUCAAUCCGACAUGGAGGAAUCUAUGUUAAAGGCAUCAUACCCAAAGGGGCUGCUGAGCUUGAUGGAAGAAUACAGAAAGGUGAUCGUGUCGUGGCCGUUAAUGGAAAGAGUCUGGAGGGAGCCACUCAUCAGCAGGCAGUCGAUGUCCUCAGGGAAACGGGGCAGACGGUGCAUUUGGUCCUGGAGAGGGGUCAUCCUGCAGAUGGCACUCACGCUCCCCUCACCCCUCAAACCACUGCGAAUCGUGCUGCCAAUGAGCAGAAUCAGACCAAAGACAAGUUGCAGCCUCCUGAGGCCAAAGAAAAACCUGAGUACAGCUUUGUCACUAAAGAUAAUGUGUUUGAGGUGAGCCUGGUGAAGAACACCUCAGGUCUCGGCUUCAGUUUCAGUCGAGACGAGCACGUCCCUGAUGAACCUCACGGCUCCAGCAUAGUGCGGGUAAAGAAGCUGUUUCCGGGUCAGCCGGCUGCAGAGAGCGGUCGGAUCAAAGUGGGUGAUGUCAUCUUACAAGUCAAUCAGACCCACCUCAAGGGACUUUCACAGCAUGAGGUCAUAUCAGCUUUGCGAGGAACAGGACAGGAGGUGAAGCUGCUCCUCUGUAGACCUGAACAAGGCAUUCUGCGUGAGAUCGACUCCUCGACCUUGACUCCAAAGCCGUCACCCAAAAAGCAGCCUGCGCAGCUCCCAGAGCCCAGCCUGAACUUGAGCAGGACCACCUCUCCUCCACAAGUCAAAAUGAGUCAGGGUGCUGUGGAAAAGGCUCUGGAGAGGCUGCAGGUCAAAUCCCCCGCCCGGCACAACAGCUACAGCGAUAGUUCUGGUGAGGAUGAAGAGGUAGAGGAAGCUUUCUCUCUGGAACGCAGCAGACAAAACUGGGAGCUGAGUGUUUAUCAGACCCCUGCUGGCAAUCCAGGACUGGGACGCUACGACAGCACCGGCCAACUGGAUAACACCUUCCACUCAGCUUUUUAUUCUCCAAACCUUUCAAUGACGAGGUCCGACCUAAACAACAGGUCACCUGAGUCAGCAGACCUGGAGUCACCCUCUUUGCCUGGGAUGUCAUCUGCCUGUGGCCCCAGCCCAGACCCCCUCCCACCUCCGAUGCCGAUGCCUUUAAACUUCACAAUGUCAGACGACAGACAGAACAUGGGAGAAAUCCUCCCCGAAGUAGAGCUGAAAGUCUCUUUGAUGAAGUCAGAGAACGGCAGCCUCGGCUUCACCCUCACCAGAGGCAGUGACCAUGGGUGUUACGUCCAUGACAUUGUCCAGGAUCCAGCUAAAGGAGAUGGAAGGCUUAGGCCUGGAGACCGAAUGAUUAUGGUUAACAGUACAGAUGUAAGCAACAUGAGCCACACUGAGGUGGUCAGUCUCGUGCGUGCCGCCCCUCGGCUGGUUGAUUUGAUCGUAGGAAGGAUCCUGCAGGCUCCAAAACCCCCCAUAGAAGCCCACCUGCUGCCUGACAUUUGUUUUAAAAACAAGCAAGAACCACUGGGAUUGGUCUUAGAUGGCGGUAAAGACAGUGAUUUUGAAGUCUUAUUUGUGAAAGAUAUCGAGCCUGGUUCUCUGGUCUUUAAGGAAGGAAGCCUGAGACCACUCGACCUGAUCCACUACAUUAAUGGAGCUCCCACCCAGGACCUGACUCUCAGUGAGAGUAUCAGACUUCUGGAGCUCCCUCUUGAUAUCAUCACUCUUAAAGCUACCAGGGAUGGAAACCCUGUUAUUCCUGAACAGAGAAGUAUCUCGUUUCUCAUAGGUUCCAAGUUGUCCUCCAACAUGAAUGGGUUCCCCAAAGGGAAUGAUUCAAAAGAUAACGAGGGUCUUGAUGCAUUUUGUCCUCCAGAGGAGGAGAUUAUUAAGCUGGAUUUGGAGAAGCCGCCAUCAGGAGGUCUGGGUUUCUCUGUAAUUGGAGGGGAGAGAGGCAUCUUUGUCAAAUCCAUUGCACAAGGAGGAGUAGCAGAGACCUCGGGCAAGCUGCAAAUCGGAGACAGGCUGCUGAAAGUGAAUGAAGAGCUGAUGAUAGGCGUUUCUCACACCACAGCUGUCACCACCAUUCGAAAAACUAAAGGCCUGGUCCAUCUUUGUGUAUCCAGACCACCUGACCAGAACCCAAACACUUACCUGGCUUAUCUACCUAUCAACUCUGAUAAAUGCAAUGGUAGCACAGACCUGAGUGAGGAUAGUGGAGUGAAGACUAAACUGUUUCCACCAAAUAAUGAGCAGAAAUCCAGCAACUGUCCUUCCCUUCCUCCUAUAGAUUAUGAAAAUGAACAACUUGUGGAGAAGAGAGAGACGGAGCAGAGAGCAGAGCUUUCAGAGGACACAGACUGUGAUGGAUCGUCUUUACCUGAAGACUCUCCUGUGAGCUCAAGGAGAGCAGCGUGGCAGGAGGGGAAUAUCGACAACCCAAGAAAUGAAAACUACCUGCAGAUGAGUGCUGGGCAGCCAGAGGAAGAUGAAAUCACAUGGGGGAGUGAUGAACUCCCCAUUGAAAACACAAGCUCUAGAGAUAGCGGACCAAUUGUCACGAAGGACCAGUUGACCUCUUUGCCCCUCGUCAGAGUGGUCCCUCAUGGCCAGUAUUCAGGAUCAAAGCUCAACUCGGUGGUCCGCAUGAUGAGGGGACUUCUGGAGCAGAAAGUCCCACUGCAAGAAUUUGAAAAUCUUCAGAAUCUCCAGCCUCUGGAUGACUGCCUGAUCGGUCAGACUAAAGAGAACAAGAAGAAGAACCGCUACAAGAACAUUAUUCCCUUCGAUACAACUCGUGUAAUGCUCGGUAAAGACCGAGGUUACAUCAACGCCAACUUCAUAAGCAUGCCAGUGAAGGACGAGAACUUCCUGUACAUCGCCUGUCAGGGACCCUUGCCCACAACCCUGGGGGACUUCUGGCAGAUGGUCUGGGAGCAGAAAUCUGACGUGAUCGCCAUGAUGACCCAGGAGGUGGAGGGGGGCAAAGUGAAAUGUCAGCGGUACUGGCCCGACACGCCCCAGACAGCAGAGAUGGUGGACACUAGAUUACAGAUUACAGUAGUUAAAGACCAGCACCUGGAGCACUUCAUCAUCCGGCUCAUCGAGGUUAAAGACGUCCAGACUAAUGAAAGUCGCCUCGUAACUCACCUGAACUACACUGGAUGGCCUGACCACGGGACGCCCUCCCAACCCGAGCAUCUGCUCACGUUUAUCUCCUUCAUGCGACACAUUCACCGAUCAGGGCCGAUCAUCACGCACUGCAGCGCAGGGAUCGGACGCUCGGGGGCCCUCAUUUGUUUAGAUGUGGUUCUGGGCCUCAUCAGUAAAGAUGUAGAUUUUGAUAUUUCAGAUAUUGUAAGAAACAUGAGACUCCAGAGACAUGGAAUGAUCCAAACAGAGGAACAAUAUAUCUUCUGCUAUCAAGUGAUUCUCUACGUCCUCAGAUGCCUUCAAGCAGAAGAAAACAUCUCCGGAUCAUAAAAAAACAGUCUGCUCGCCAUUAAAGGCCUUUUUUUUAACAAGAGCAAAGUAGAACAAAGGUUGAUACAGGCAAAAUAUUGCCAAAUUUUUCUCUAAUGCUAUUUGGAUAAGAAGAAACGCUUUUGAGGCGUUUAUAUUUUUUACAUUUGCUUUUAAAGUUUUCUCUGGCUGCUGCUCCCUUUCUGUGCAUUUAUGAAAGCUGCUGAUUUUACUUCUUGUUACACACAAGUGAAUACUAAGAUUUUUUUUUAAUAUAUAUAUUUUUUAAAAUGAUCUUUGAUUCCAUAUAUUUUAUGUGGAACUGUUUUUGUGUAUUUUGAUGCUGGAACUUGCUUUGACAAAAUACUAUGUCAGUAUUUGCUAUGUAAAAACUCUUUUAUACAGUAAUUGAUAAUACUGCCUGAGGCAAAAAAUAAAGUUUAAAUUGUACAUAUUCAUCUCCUGAAAAUUAAACUGGAUACAUUUUGAAUGUUAUGUAGAGGAUGUAUUUUGUUCUUUCUUAAAGUGUUAUUUUUUUGACCAUAAUUUUACACAAUAAAUGAUUUCGGGUCAAAAACAGAAGGA